CAUACUUGAAAUCAUUUCAUCGCGAUCACGGUAUACGGUAAUCGCAAAUAAAAAGAUGUCGGCGCCCAGUUCAAAAAUAAACAAAAAUGUUUUGCCCUCUGGAUUUUUUCAGUUCAUGCUAUACAAUCGUGCAAUUUUGGUUGUUGUCCAAGUUAUUUUUAACCAUCUAAUACCUGAUCAUCAGUCAGAUGGAUUCCAAUCACCCUACAAGCAUUUCACAGUCAAUUCCAGCAUGUUAGAUACAGUUGUGGAAUUCACGUUAGGUGGAUUUUCACGCUGGGAUGGACAGUAUUUUAUUCAUAUUUCAACCUUAGGUUACACCCAUGAAAACUGUCUUGCAUUCUUCCCUGCCUACCCUAUUCUUUUACGUUUCCUAGCUAUUUGCCUUUCUCCUUUUAGUCUCUACACACUCAGUGACUGGAAUAUUACUUUACUUAGCAGUCUUCUCAUCAACAUUCUCUGUUUUACGAUAGCUUCCAAAUAUUUGUACUUGAUCACAGUCAAGUUGUUUAGCAACCCAUAUUUUGCCUUUCGAACAUGGGAGCUUUUCUGUUUUUCCCCAGCAACAAUUUUUUUUCUAGCCCCCUACUCUGAAUCCCUCUUUAGUGCACUCACAUUCGGUGGUAUCUACUACUGCUUGGAGUACAAGUUUCUUCUGGCUAGCAUCUUUUUUUCUGUUUCCACUUUAACUAGAUCCAAUGGUCUUGUAAACUUAGGAUUUUUGCUGUUUUUUGUGGCUAAAGUUGCAUUUCAAACCAAAUGGAAAAACCUGCCGGUUUUAAUUGCAAAAUUUGUAUUAUCAGUGAUUAUCACUGUUGUUCCAUUUCUCUGUUAUCAGUAUUAUGCUUUUAGACUGUUCUGUUUCCACAAUUCUCAUAAUCUCCCUGAAGUCAUUCAUCGACACCUGGUAGACGGGAAUUUUACUGUUCGCGGGGAAAAAAUACCAGUGUGGUGUCACAAAAGUAUCCCUCUUUCGUAUUCAUACAUCCAAUCCCAUUAUUGGAAUGUAGGAUUCUUACGAUAUUUUGAGUGGAAACAAGUACCAAACUUUCUUCUGGCCUUUCCCGUUCUAUUGCUUGUUGUUCUCUAUGCACUAUUCUACGUUAGAGAAAACCUCGACAUUCUAUUUGGUUACAAUCCAUUCAAAAAUGGUCAUUCGCCAUUUCAUCCCAUUUUUCGUCGAGAUGCUGGAGUUUUCGCAGCUCAUUCCAUCUUUCUGGGUCUUUUUACGUUUUUCUUUGCUCACGUCCAGAUCUCAACUCGUUUAAUCGGCUCUUCAUCUCCAGCAUUCUACUGGAUAAUGUGUUGGCUAAUGGAUGAUAAACGCGAAAAACCACAAAGGCCCAACAAUCGCACUCCUAUGGAACAAUUAAGUCUGUUGCGCGAGCAAGACCUUUCAGUUUCGGGAAAAUGUGUACGUUUCUAUUGUUUGUCGUAUGUAAUCGCUGGUACUACUAUGUUUGUCAAUCACCUACCUUGGACUUAAA